GUGGCGCGGAGCCGCCGUUUCCGCAAACAGAAUCGUGGGUGGCUGUGUAGUGUUGGUUCAUGAAGUUUUAUCAUCGAUUCAAAUAAUCAAGAAUAGAAAAUUCUGCAAAAGCAGAGGAAUAUUAAAAAAUGGCUCUUGAACAGGCAAAAACAUCAGUAAAUUCUGAAACAGAGACUUCAUUCAGUAUUGAUGAAACCACAACAGCUUCUGGGACUGGGUUUUCUGUAAAGACUUCUGUCUGUGGGCAAGUAGACACACCAAAGAAGAGAAAAGAAUUUGAAGAUGAUCUUGUAGAGGAAAGUUCCAGAUAUGAGGAAGACAGUCCAUCCAAGAAAAGAAAACUUGAUGUUGAAAUUGUCCCAGAGGAAAAAGGUUCUGGUGAUGUUGAAGGUGUUUCAAGGAAAAGAAAACUGGAAACGGAUGAUCUGAAAGAUGAACCUUCCACUGGAGAUGGCACUCAGAAAAAGAGAAAAGUAGAACUUGAGGAUGUUCCUGAAAGGCAGAAGAACUUGGAAGGAGGACACAGCUCAACAGUAGCUGCCCACUAUAAUGAGCUUAAGGAAGUUGGUUUGGACAAGCGUAGUCAAAGUCGUAUUUUUUACCUAAGAAACUUUAAUAAUUGGAUUAAAAGUGUGCUUAUAGGGGAAUUUUUGGAAAAGGUACGACAGAGGAAAAAUCGCGAUAUCACUGUUUUGGACCUGGGAUGUGGUAAAGGUGGAGAUUUGCUAAAGUGGAGAAAGGGAAGAAUUAGCAAGCUCAUUUGUACUGAUAUUGCUGAUAUUUCUGUCAAACAGUGUCAGCAGCGGUACGAGGACAUGAAAAAUCGUCGUGAUGAUUAUAUUUUUAAUGCAGAAUUUAUAACUGCUGACUGUUCAAAGGAACUUCUGGCUGACAAAUUUCGUGACCCAGAAGUGCGCUUUGACAUCUGUAGUUGUCAGUUUGUCUGUCAUUACUCAUUUGAGUCCUCUGAGCAGGCCGACAUGAUGCUCAGAAAUGCCUGUGAGAGACUCGGUCCUGGAGGUUAUUUUAUUGGUACAACUCCUAACAGCUUUGAGCUGAUAAGACGUCUUGAAGCUUCAGAAACAGAAUCAUUUGGAAAUGAAAUCUAUACUGUGAAGUUUGAGAAGAAAGGACAUUAUCCCUUAUUUGGCUGCAAAUAUGACUUCAACUUGGAAGGUGUUGUGGAUGUUCCUGAAUUCUUGGUCUAUUUUCCAUUGCUAACUGAAAUGGCAAAGAAGUACAAUAUGAAACUAGUCUACAAAAAAACAUUUCUGGAAUUCUAUGAAGAAAAAAUUAAGAACAAUGAAAAUAAAAUGCUAUUAAAACGAAUGCAGGCCCUGGAGCCUUAUCCUGCAAAUGAGAAUUCCAAGCUCAUCUCUGAGAAGGUGGAUGACUAUGAACAUGCAGCAGAAUACAUGAAGAACAGUCACGUAAGGUUACCUUUGGGAACCUUAAGUAAAUCAGAAUGGGAAGCUACAAGUAUUUACUUGGUUUUUGCCUUUGAGAAGCAGCAGUGAGCACUUAUUCAGUGGCCCCAAAGCAAUUCUCCACCCUACACAGAUUUGAACGAUCCAUCUCAUAGAUCUGACAGCUCUCUUGUUUAUUUUAAUUAUAAAUUAAUUGUAAAUGUACAGGAUGCUGCCGGAAACUCCAGUGUGUAAAUUCAGCAUUUGCUGUCUGUGACAGAUUAACUUGGUAUGUAUAGGUAAGAAUGAAUUGGGACCUUUGUCUUUAAAAAUCUAUUUUCAGGUAAUGUUCUAAGAAUUCCAUUUGCCUGUACUGUCUUAGCUUAUAAAAACGAUAACACGACUUGUUGAAGCAGCUGAAUUCUUCACAGUGCUGAGUUGUCGAGUGUUGUUUACAUGUCAUACUUGCUGCAGCUGCAUGGUGGAGAGGGCACAUUCUGGAUUACCAUUGUGGGCUCAUUUCCAUGUUUUGUUACAUAUUAGUUUUCAAGAUUAAAUGGAUUGCUUUCUGUA